AUGUAGAUGCGUCCAGACGCCGUGACACGAGGCAUCGAAUCACACGCUGUAAAAAUAGCAGCGUGUUCAUGCAGCGUCUAAAUACAGAUGAGCAGUAAACAAGUAGCUAAACCUGGAAAGAAACGCAGAGGAGCUGCUCACAGCCGCAGCAUCAGUUCCCAUCAUGAAGGUAGAGCGGAUCGGCAUUGACAUUCCCGUGUAUGACCUCUCAUUGAUCCGAGAGCUGUGGGAGGGACGCGUGAAGAAAUACAAGCAGCGGCAGAAGAAGGAGGAAGAGCGGAUCAGCAAAAGUGCUCUGGCCAAGGUAAAUGAGCAGUGGCAGUAUCGCAUCGCAUGCAGGAAGCUGAAGAGCACUGAGGUCACAGCGCUGCAGUGUUACCUGGAGAGAUCAGCUCUCAGUGAACUACACAUCCUGCCCACCCAUAAUGACGACAAUGACGCUGACAAGAAGAAGUUCAUUUUUGAGCUGAAUGGGAAAAAAAUGCAGAAAUUACCUGAAGAUCUUCAGUAUAUGACUUAUCUCAAAGAAUGGCACAUCCACAGGACCAGAAUUCCUGAGAUUCCCACUUACAUCGAGGCAUUUGUGGAUCUGCAAGUGCUGGACGUCCCGAAAAACGGCCUGACGAAGCUUCCUCCUGAAAUAGGAAAACUGAUCAACCUGAAGGAAUUAAAUGUGAAUUAUAAUAAACUGUUGAGCAUUCCACCUGAACUCGGAGAAUGUGAGAAUCUGGAACGAUUAGAGAUGACGGCGAACGGAAACCUGGCCGAGCUUCCCUUCGAGCUGAGUAAUCUCAAAAAACUGAAGCACUUAGACAUGGCAGAGAAUCAGUUUGCCAGUAUUCCCAUCUGCGUGCUUCGCAUGGAAAACCUGAAGUUUUUGGACAUCAGCAACAACAGACUCAAAGACCUGCCGGAGGACGUUGACAGGCUCGAAUCGUUAGAAACGCUGUUCCUUCAUAAAAACAAAGUGCGAUACGUGCCGAUGACCAUGACGAACCUCAUCCAUCUGAAGAUGUUCAUCAUCAGCGCAGACGAGCUGUACAGCAUCCCCUCACAAUUAGUCGACAAUCCUAAAAUCAAAUUCAUCCGAUUAUAUGACAAUCCAAUAAACACUGAGAAUGAAGAGAUGAACAUAGACAUAGAAACUCAAGAUGAGCGUGACAAGGAGUUCAUGAAGACAUACAUCGAAACUCUUCAAGACAGAGACACUCAGCCGGCAUACACCACUAAAGUCACCUUGAGCUGCCUGCUGUAGAACCAGAUGAACGUCUGCAAGUGUAAAUAUGACACAGAUUGAUUUCAGUGUGUUUUAAAUGCUUCCAUUGGAGUCUAUUUAUUAGUUUUCUCAUUCCGAGUUCAAUUAAAACUAAAAUGCAGGUUACACGGGAUGCCAAGCUGUUAGUAUCUCAGGGGUUUGGGUUUCUUCUGUAGCAGUGUUUACUAUUUGUGACCCUGAACCACAAAACCCUUUUUUUUAAAAUAGAGAUUUAAAAAUCAUCUGAAAGCUGUAUAAAUAGUAGGAUAGGACAAUAUUUGGCCCGAGAUACAACUAUUUGAAAAUCUGAAAUCUGAGGGUGCAAAAAAAAUCAAAAUAUUGAGAAAAUCACCUUUGAGGUUGUCCAGAUGAAGUUCUUUGCAAUGCAUAUUACUAAUCAAACAUUAAGUUUUAAUAUAUUUAAUUUCCAAAUCUUUACUUAACAUCCAAAUGAUUUUUGGCAGAAAAAUUGAUCAAUUGACCCAUUCUACUUAAAGUUUUGUGGUCCAGGGUCACAUUUAAGAAAAACAGCUAGUAGUAGGUUUGAAGUUCAUAUUUUCCUUUUUGACUGCAUUUAUCAUUCUUACUAGUUGAAACUAGCUCAAAACUGAUCCCAAACCCAUUUGAUUUGGUUUUCUGUGAAGAUUUCCAUUGUUUAGUUUGUUUGAUGUGACCAAACGUUUCACAGCAUGAUGAUGAUGAUGAUGAUGAAUCAUGGUUGAACCUUCUGUCUGGAAGUCAAUGUUUUAUAAGAUAUUUAAAAAAAAAAAAAAGAUGUCAUUUUAAUUUAUUGUAAUUAACCAAAUCAAAUCCACAAUUUCCUAUCUUGCCUUCAGGAAUAAAUACGACAUGCAAACACCUCAAGUUUCUCUGUCAGUGUCAAAAAUUAUAAAUCCAAUCCUGGAAUGUGAAAUGAUUUAUUUAAACAUUGAUCAAUGAAAAGCUCAACGAACGCUCAUAACAAACGAAUGCUUAAUGUGCAUCGAACACAUCAAUAAAAUCUCAUCAGAAGGCAUCUACAAACCAGUCUUCGAGGAAUGGCUGCAUAGACAUGAAGAAUGGCACCUAGAGCCGAAACAUCAUUAAAAAACAAAGUGCAGUUCAUUGGAAAACAUCUAAAAUUACUUUAGUGGGACUAAGACCAUCUCGAGUCAGUGCACAUCAAUCUACAGCACCGAUUGCAUAAA